AUGGCAUAUAUAGUGCGCAGCAAGGUAACCACUGUACCUUGUCAAAGACUUGCGACUUUCAAACCAGUCGUGAUCCUGGCUAACGGCCUGAUAUCAACCCCAAGUCUCCAUACAAAUCCCACUGGAAGGCCUCAAUUGCAGAGUAAUUCCUGCAGAAGUAACUAUGCUCGCGAAUUUCACUCAACUCCCAUCCCAAUGUCAAGCAACUCCGAACUCAAGCAGACUUUGAAACCAAGCCUCCUUGAUGACGUGCACAAAUUGUGGUUCAAUCACCUGAGCUGCGAAGAGGCCCUCAUCCUACCCGGAUGGAGCGAGAUGGGGAAGUGGUUCUCUCGUGACGAGGCUUUUGAUAAGGUCUGCGUCACCCAAUUCUGCCCUGCCCUAGAAACAAUCGUUGGCUCCAGAGCAUCAGCUUCGGACAUUCUGUCUGCAGUCAGCCUGUCCUCGCCGAUGGAUUGGCUCAGCAUCAUUCUUCUACUUGAUCAGAUUCCCCGCAAUUGCUACCGGGGAGCAGAGUCGAAGCUAGUGUUUGGGCGCUUUGACCCAUUAGCCGAGGAGAUUGUCCUUCGAGCAAUUAAAGAAGAGGUACCGAUCCGAUCGCCGUAUCUCAGGUAUCGCAUGGCUUACCGUAUUUGGUUCCAUAUACCACUUAUGCAUUCGGAAAACUUGGCUAUGCAUGAGCUAGCCGUCAAGGUGCACGAGGAUAUAGCCAGAGAUGUCAAUGAGCUUCUGGCCAGGGACGCAUCGGCUCUUACGGAAGAGGAAAGAAAAUGUCGUAGCAUUCUAUCCGAGAAGAGAGAGGCACUACAGGCAUUCUUGAGCAAUGCUCUUGAUUUUGAGAAGAGACAUAAAGUGAUCAUCGAGCGGUUUGGACGAUACCCGCAUCGGAAUCAGGCACUGGGAAGAGUGUCUACCCCGGAGGAAAUCGAAUACUUAAACAAUGGCGGGGAGACAUUUGCGUGA